UCUCUCUCGCGAUCCCUUUUAGCGAAGCCGGUUUAAGCGUGUGGCAUCCUCGGGGCGUGUUGAGGUUCCUGUCACAGUUCCACGCAUGUCUGCUUAAGGCAACCAGUCCUUUUACUAGCUAAACACCUGCAAUAUGUGGACAGUGGACACGCGCACGCGGCUGCAGACGGGACUCUUUCCUGUCAGUGGGUGAUCACUCCGCGGUGGUGAUGAGGCGCGGAAGCCCACACCUCAGAACUUCUGUCCUGAAGACUAACAGAAGUCCUGUUUUGCACGGCUGAUAUUGUUUUGUGAGGAUCCAACCAGGAUGUCUUUCCGAGGGGGGGGACGAGGCGGAGGACGAGGAGGAGGCUUCAACCGAGGAGGAGGAGGAGGCUUUAACCGAGGGGGAGGAGGCUACAACCGAGGAGGAGGCGGUUUUAACCGAGGCGGCGGAGGCUUUGGACGCGGAGGUGGACGAGGGGGCUUUAACAGACAGGACUUUGGCCCCCCCGAGCGUGUGGUUGCGGUGGGCGAGUUCAUGCAUCCGUGUGAAGAUGACAUCGUCUGCAAGUGUACCACCGAGGAGAACAAAGUCCCCUACUUCAACGCUCCCGUCUACCUGGAAAACAAGGAGCAGAUUGGGAAGGUGGACGAGAUUUUCGGACAGCUGCGGGAUUUUUACUUUUCUGUCAAACUUUCUGAAAACAUGAAGGCGUCUUCCUUCAAGAAGCUGCAGAAGUUUUACAUAGACCCCAUGAAGCUGCUCCCACUGCAGAGGUUUCUGCCCCGGCCUCCGGGGGAGAAGGGGCCACCGCGGGGAGGGCGGGGCGGCGGGCGAGGUGGAGGAAGAGGAGGAGGUCGUGGAGGAGGUUUCCGGGGUGGGCGGGGCGGCGGUGGACGCGGGGGAGGAGGCUUCAGAGGAAGAGGAGGCGGUGGAGGUCGAGGAUUCAGAGGAGGACGAUAGCGGAGCGGGACGGACUCCUCACCAGGAGGAGCUGCUCUUCCUGUUGUUUUGGAGGAGCUGUGGACCUGGAUCUUUUAUUUUGGCGGGAACGCAGUGGAGAGUUUCCUCUCCGUGAGCCGGUUUAUUUCGGUCUGACAGAUGUGUGGUGGUUUCACCACUGAUGGACACUUUUUUAAUGUGAUUAAACAAUGCUUUGUAAACAUG